UUCUCCGCACCUCCCUGUAUUCACACAGCCCAUCCUACGGUAUAUCAGCUGCACCACUUCCCUUCUUCAGGCUCCACGCCUGACUGUCCCAGUGGCUGUGCAAUCCCUCACUCUGCAGCGCCGUAAACACUGACAGCCUGUGAGUUUCCUCGAGCGUAUCCAGAGGGACUCGGUGUGUUUGCUGUAGUAAAAACAUUCGGCUUGUGCUGCCUUGCUCCACACGGAUACAGGGGUCGAGAGGUACAUCAAUGACAGCUGCGGCAAAAAGGGGAGGACGAGACGCGUCAUUUUUUUUUUUGAAUUGCAAAGAGAUUUUGCAACCUUUUUUUUUUUUCAAACAGCGUUUGUAGCUCUUGUCAGCUGCGAUAGCCUGCACGAGACUUUGUAAAUUGCAUCCAUUAACACUGGAACAAGCUCGGUGGACGUUGUGAAUAAUUGGAAGGAGCUGUUUCCUUUCUCUUCUCUGCGAAACAACUGGACACAUUUAGUUGCCUAAAUUGAUGAACAAUUUAAGUGAAAUAUUGAGCGUUUUAACUGUAUCACCGACAGGCUGGCAGUGGAAUUCACGCUUUUCAAGCCUGUCCAGGUUGAGGGAAUUUCGGACCCGGACUCGUAUCAUGCUUUCGCUCGGAGUUUCACAGAUGGUUCUUGGGAGUCUUAUCCUGGCUGUCAGUUUCGCCGCCUUGGCAUUAACCACCUCAGCCAGAGUCCGGCAUUCAUGUCCGUUCUGGGCUGGAUUCUCGGUUCUGCUGUCUGGGCUGAUCGGUGUGGUGUCUUGGAAGAGACCAAUCUCACUGGUGAUCACCUUUUUCAUGCUGCUGUCUGCGGUGUGUGUCAUGUUAACCCUGGCUGGAUCCAUCCUCUCCUGCCAGAAUGCUCAGCUGGUAAAUUCACUCGAGAAUUGUGAUUCGGUUCAUCAUAUCUCUGACAGUGAUGGGGUGUGCGUGUGCUGUCAGAUGCACCAUCAGACUCUGGGCUGCAGCAGCAACCUGGGAGAAACACUGAAGCUGAACUCGCUGAGGGACUGCAACACCAUCAGGCUCAGACUCAAGGAAUUGUUGUUCAGCGUAUGUGCCCUGAAUGUCAUCUCCACCAUUGUGUGUGCCCUGGCCACAGCCAUGUGCUGCAUGCAGAUGGUCUCUGCUGAUGUCCUGCAGAUGUUUCUUCCACACAGGUCACGCUCUGUGAACCCAGAUUGUGUGUCUCCACAUGGCACUAUUCUACACCAGACUCUGGAUUUCGAUGAGUUUAUACCUCCAAUACCACCUCCUCCAUACUACCCUCCAGAGUACACCUGUACACCAGCCCUAGAGGCGCAGAGAGGCCUUCACCUGGACUUUCCUCACUCCCCCUUCAGUGCCAUCUAUGGAGUGCCGAUCAACAGCCCAGGUGCCAUGUACCCCUCGGAGCUCCCACCUCCCUAUGAGGCUGUGGUGGGGCAGGUAACUACUUGUCUGGAACAGCAAGCGUCUGAGUCCAGCUUGUGUGAGAGGAACACGACGGCAGGUUUCAGCACACAAGCAUCUGUGGACAGCACAUCUCUGAUGGUCUCAGAAAUGGCUGAUAUCCCAGAUCACAGCUGCUCCUCUGAAGACCAGUGUUCCCUGGAAGUGCAGGGCUCCCUCAGGUCUGCGGACCUCUCUCCGUACAGCACAAUCCGCACGGUGGCUACAGACGGCAGCUGCACCAGCCUGGAGCACAGCGUCCGCUGCAGCCACCACCGGAGCCACUCUCAGAGCUCGCCUGGGGAGGAGGAUGAGGAGGCGGCAGGCCUCAGCGAGUCCUCCCUCACCCAGGACAGGUCCCCAGACUGGUCCUCCGAAAACAACAGCGCACUGGGGAGAGAGUCCAUGGCCUUGCCCGGGGAGGCUGCAGCUGCCUGUUCUCCGCCCAAGCAGAAGAAGCUGUGCUUUGCAGUCUAUUCCCAGUCGUCGUCCUGCUCUUCCUCACUGCCUCAGUCAGUAGCCAGCUCGGCACACAGCAGCGCUUCAUUCUCAGCCUGCGUGGAGAGAGCCAGACCCCAGCGCCACGACAGGAAAUACAGGCUUUCUAAAAUCAUACGCUCGACUAGCGACCCCGUCUCGUGUACAUCCAUCUCUGAAAGUGACAGUUGUGCCGCUGCAUGCAAUCAGGUCAAUGAAGAAUCCCCACAGACGUCCCCUGAGCCAGCUGCUUGUCCAGAACUUUCCGUCGUCGUUGCGUCCUGCCAAGGUGCUGUCAAACACGUCCUGUCCUCCAGAAGACAGAGGGACGCCAGCAAAGUGGACAUUCGCUUGAAACAGAAGGCAUUGCAAGCGAUUUCCAAAGAGCGGCCGCGCUCCUUGGUGGACAUUAAGACAUACAAAGACACCAAAAUACUGGUGGCAAAAUUUCUCGAACACUCCAGCUGCAAUCUACCUCCUGAAGUCCAGCAUGUGGUCAACAGCAUCAAAUGUGUCAUCAAGACAGAUGAGCGACACAUGGAGGAAGCUAUCUUCAGUGCCAAUGUCAUUGACCAGGUGAUCACCAACUCCCAGCAGAAUGUGAAGAGCCCACGGAAACGUCUCCAGCAGGACCUGCACCUCCAGAGCUGUGGGGACCUGAGCUCCCCCUCCUCCAGCCUGCGGAGGAGCUGUGUGCAGAGACCUGUGGACGAGGACCGGCCACACAGCCUCAUCGGGGUGUGCAGGGAAACCAUCCUCUGACACACCAGCCUUCAAACACAUGCCAACCAGGAUUCUACAGUGCAGUCCAUGGAGGCUCCGUGCUCACUGCUACAGUGAACAAACUCCAUUCUAAUUAGUAUUGUUAUUAUUAUUAUUAUUAUUUCAUUUUUUUAAAGACAAAAUGAAUGUCUUCUUCAGGGUUCCAUUUUUAAACUGACAGGUAUUUACAAUUACAGUAAAUACUGUACAUCCAAGAGACUGCACCAGUUCAGUUCAGCUGAGACAAAGGGAUAUCUUCAUCUUCAAAUCUUGGCUUUUGUUUUCCACCAAACUGUGAAUCUGCCUACAAUUGGAAAGUCCGCAAUGCAUUAAUCUCUGUCAUUCUCUUACUGCAACUGGAAAGAGCUUGUAUGAUAUGUGGAACAGCACAGUAUUUUAAAUGCCAAGACAAGGCAUUUAAUGAACAGUGGCUACAGCUUUAAGAAGUUGUAUUAUUUAAACUUACCUCAGUGUGUUUCAAUUCUUAUCAGUGUUCUAAUAAAAAGUAUCAUUAUUUUUUCUUCUCA